AUGGCCCCCACAGUCACCUCUCUGCUGUUCCUUGGGCUCUGUCUGAAUCAGAAGAUCACAUCUCCAGAGGGGACACUCCCCAGACCCUCCAUUAGGGCUGUGCCCAGCUCUGUGGUCCCCAAGGGAGCAGAGGUAAGCUUCUAUUGCCAGGGCCCACAGGGAAGAAAGACUUUUCAGCUUUGGAAGGAGAAACAAUUAAUGCUCCAGAUAAACACCUCCAAAGAGGAGGUUAGGUUCCACCGUGCAAUUAAGAGCACUUCUGCUACAGAGAACUACAGCUGCCGCUACUUUCAAGACUCCCACUGGUCAGAGUUCAGCACCCCACUGCAGCUGGUGGUGACAGGAUUCUUCUCUCCACCAAAAUUACAAGUACAGCCAGGCACCGUGGUGGCUGUAGGGGAGACAGUGACCUUUGUAUGCCAGGUGUCAGGAAGAAGUAACUUGAAAAAGUUGACAUUCUUUCUACUGAAGGCGGGGGUGGCUGGUCCAGUGCAGCAACAAAAUCUAGAGGUGAAGAUGGCCAACUUCACUCUCCCAUCUGUGAAGGCUGAGGAUGCUGGGAACUACAGCUGUGUCUGCUUAGUGCUGGAGGGCAAGAAGAGAGCAUCAGAUCCCAGUGAGGUCCUAAGGUUGGAGGUGACAGAUUACACCACGAGCAAUCUCAUCCACCUCGGCCUGGCAGGGCUGGUCCUCCUCAUCCUGGGGGUCCUGCUGGCAGAGGCCUGGCACAGCCAAAGAGGCUCCUGAGAAGCAGCACCAGGAAUGCCCUGCGGGAAGACAGGGGCUGGCCAGGCAGGAAGGUCCGGGUCGAAGGACUCUGGAUAAUCUCUCACCUGAAGACAAGAUUCUGCCAACCUAGCAGGAGAAGGGAGUUCCACGUCUACUCCCCUUUCCUUCCAGAGGCCCCCACCGCUUCCUACCCACUUCUGACACCCGAACAAUGUAUGUUUCCUGGUUCUCCCAGCCCAUUCCACUGGCUAUCCAUGGUCUCACCUGUACCAGAAAAACUUUCACAGCAUCUGCUAGUGAAUACAGGAAAACUGUUCCCCACAUGGCCACUUCUGGAGAAUUACAGGACAUUUCAGGGCCUGUAUUCUCACUGUUUUGUGUGGUACAGAACACAGAGUUCCAACUAGGGUGGGUCAUCUAGCCUAGGUGGAGUCUAGGUUGUAAAGUGGGUAGAACUCUGAGCCUGGAGUCAGGAAGACAUGAGUUCAAAUCCUGACUCAGACACUUACUAUC